AUGGACCGGCCUCACGACGAACAACUGAGGAUGCUUCUCAUCCGGGCCUUCGAAAAGAGAAUGAAGUUUGAGGAAGGCUCGCAUCAAGAGGUGGAAGAAGACCCGAAGACCAUCGUUCUCGACCCCCUCGCCCUCGACCACCAGACCGCCGCCAAGAAGGCCGCCACGAAGGGAACAUCCAUCGCCAAGCCGACGCUCAGCAAAGCAGCUACCCACUUCGUCGGACCGCCCCUCGAGCCAUCCAGAUCCGACAAGCUGGCGCCUGCCGCUUUCGACGCUCUCCUCAAACAGGACUUUCCCAGGUUCAAGAACAUGAAAGCCGGCGACCUCUCGGAGGAAGGCAUGACCUUCGUCGCAUGGGACCUGGCUCGGAGAUAUCCCUCGAGCUUCAUAGGCAAGAUGAACCGCCCCAAGGCGCAGCCCUUCUUCGACGACAUGACCGAGGAGCAGACCUGGGACUUCUUCUACGUCUACCACCCACAAGCGUUGGACAGUAGCCCCUACAUCUUCGUCCCGACCGAGCAAUUCCAGCACUUCCUCAACGUCAUCAACGCCUCAAUCCAGACGAACCUGACUAUCCCCGCCGGCAAGCCGGGCGAGAUGUUCUACGUCACCUUCGGACCCAGCUGCACGAUUCGCCCAAAGUACAUCGCCCGCUCGGCCUCGCACAACGAGUACCGAGCCGUCCGUGACACGAUCCCUCCCCCCGAGGAGGAGGACGCCUGCGCCGGCGCGACCGCCUUCGGCAAGGAGAUGCUUCUGUCCCUCCUCAACAUGCAUAACAAUUACAAGGACACCAAGACCAAGAACAGCAAGAGGAAGCAGAAAAAGGCCCUUAACCGCGAGGAGUCCCUCUACGACGCGCAGCUGUACCUCGGCCUCCGUCCUAAGGCGAGCGACGUCAAGGAAAAGGAGAAGGAGACUGCUCUGGAUAAGCCGUUGCCCCACGCGCACGAGCAAGACGUUGUGUUUGUGUGCAUCGAUAUCGAGGUCGCCGAGGAGCAUCACGGUACCGUCCUCGAGAUCGGAUUGUCGAUCUUGGACACCAGGAACCUUGCUGGCGUCCCGCCCGGUGAGAACGGCCGCAACUGGGUCCCGUUUAUCAAGAACCGCCACCUCAUCACCGAUGAGUAUCGACACAUCCGCAACCGCAAGUACAUCAAGGGCUGCCCCGAGCUCUUCAACUUCGGUAAGAGUGAGUAUCCCAAGCUCAGCGAUCUCGGCCCCUCGAUCAUUGCGGCUAUUAACAACCUCUCCGAGGCCGGCCAAAAGGACGACUCCGAGGCCGACAGACGUUUCCGCAACAUCGUCCUCGUCGGCCACGACCUUCGAGCCGAUCUCGGCUUCCUAGAGAGGAUGGGCGUCGAGUUGUGGACCGUCGGCGGCGUCAUGAGCCGCACACUCGACACGAAGGACAUACAUCAGGCGUGGCGCCAGCAGUCUCAGGGCCGUAGCCUGGCCAUGGUGCUGACCGACCUGGACAUUCCGCACAGCAACCUCCACAACGCGGGCAACGACGCGGCGUACACACUGCAGGCGAUGCUCGGUGUGGCGGUUGCGGCGAUGGUGGACAAGAGCCAGAAGAAGAAUGCUGAUCUUGAGGCUGAGGAGCAGCCGGUUGGCGUUUGA